GUAAAUUACAUACAUCUCUACUACACCUGUAAUUCCAUUACAUAUAUAAAUAAGGUUCAUCUCUCAAGGAAAGAGCUCCCACCCAAGCCAAGAACAAUUCCGACCAUGGCAGAAGAAUUUUAUGCAGGGAUUUGUGGAGAAACAUGGUGGAAUCCGACGAAAACCAUGUUUACAGGGUGUAAUUCUCCGCUGUAUACGACGGGGAUUGCUGACAUCGGAAGCUUCGGAUGGGGCACCAUUGAUUCCACCUUACAAAUGAUGGGUUUCGGCUUUUCAUCGUCCACAACAUCGGACUGGAACAAGUAUUUGCUGUUGAGUUCCGGUGAAGAUUCUUCCAUUAACAGUUGCCAAGGAUUAUCAGCCUCAUAUGACUGUCCAUCAACACUGAUACAAACUCUGUUCGAAGCUGAUCCUCAAGUACCCCAACAACAAUCACUUUUCAACAACCAGUCCAUCAACUACAUGUCUUCCACCGCUGCUUACGGCGCUCCUUCCAUAAGGUCGCCGCCAUUGACAAAGCAGCCUGCAGGUAACUUGCAGUUUUCCAACAACACAUCCUUUUGGAACCCCUCGCCGCCUUUCGAAGAGAAACCUAAUUGCCUCAGCCUGACGACAGAGACUAACAUCGACGGAAUUCGGAAUCGGAAAAAUUCGGGGUCAGUGAUGAAGAAAGGAAGUUGUACCGAAACUCCAUUGAAAAGACCAAGACUUGAAACCCCAUCGCCAUUACCAACUUUUAAGGUUAGGAAAGAGAAGCUAGGGGACCGAAUCACUGCCCUCCAGCAAUUGGUUUCACCUUUCGGAAAGACGGAUACUGCAUCAGUUCUACAUGAAGCCAUUGAAUACAUCAAAAUACUCCAUGAUCAAGUCAAUGUAUUAACUACUCCAUAUAUGAAACAAGCAGCAGCUCCCAUGCAACAACAGAGUAGUGAUAAGUUGAAAGACUUAAGAAGCCGGGGGCUUUGUUUAGUGCCUGUCUCGAGCACAUUCCCAGUCGCCACUGAGACCCCGGUUGAUUUUUGGACUCCGACGUUCGGUGCAACUUUCGGGUAAAUUAUCUCCGGACAUAAAAAAAAGAGAAAGGGCAGAAACAAAAGCAGAUGAUCAGCUGGUACAAAGCAGGAAUGAUAGAAUGUAUGGCUAGCAAAUGAUUAGGAACCCAACUCUUCAAAAAAAAAAAAAAGGAAGAUAACCAUAGGUUUUUUUCUUUCAAUAAUCCAAGUUUUUUUACAUGUUAAUUAUAGUUUGGAGGUGAUUAGCAACAGGAACAAGUGCUAAAUUCAGCGAAAAACAACAUGAACUUUAAGUUUUUAGUAGUAUAUUGAAUUAUACAUGUUGUUGUUUGUUGACGUUAGUAGCUGAAGUUAGCAGAAGUGGGGGUUAGAAGAGCCUCUUUUGUUCCUGUUGAAUACAUGUAUCUGUAGGUCACCCAUUUUGUCAUCAUCAACAAUGAAUAAAGCGCUUAUUAUUAUAUUUGAAUUU